AUGAGAACCUUUCUGUCGUCUUUCGCAGUCCUUUCGCUGCUGCAACUUUCAGCCGCCGAGCUUGAACGACGCACCUCACAACAGCGACAUGUUCAUCGCAGGGCCUUUAUUCCCAAGCAGGACAGGUUGACCGUAACUGAUGCCUCGGUUGCCUCGCCCACCGAGCAGACAGAGAUUGUAGUCUAUCUUGACCAGUUUGGCAACCCCGUCCAUACUGCGACCGAGACCGUCGUCCAUGUCCCCUCGGCCACGUCGUCCAUUGUUGGAGUUUCGUCGGUUUCCGUGUCUCUGGGGUCGCCGGCCGUCACCACGACCGUUCCUGCUGCCGGCGUUGCAGAGGGGGCGGCUGCCAAGAACCCUCCUACCACUCUGGUUCAGAGCGCCGCAUCAGUUCCGGCUGCGCCAGCCUCUUAUCCGGUUUCGUCGUCGUCCGCUGUUCCGGUUCCCGCCUCCGGUGGCAGUGGCAGUACCCUGCACGGUGUCACCUACUCCCCGUAUACGGGCACGGGUGCUUGCAAGACGGCGUCUCAGGUCGAUGCAGAUUUUGCCGUCUUUAGCUCCGACCACGGAGUGGUCCGCCUCUACGGCGUGGACUGCGACCAGGUUGCAUCCGCCUACGCCGCGGCCAAGAAGUACGGCAACAAGCUGUUCCUCGGCAUCUUUGACAUUGACGAGGUGGACUCGGCCGUGGCCACCAUGGCCGCCGGAGUCAACAACGACUGGAGCAUUGUCGACACGGUCAGCGUCGGGAACGAGCUCGUCAACAAUGGUGCCAAAAGCCCGGCCCAGGUCAUUGCAGCCGUCAAGCAAGCUCGGUCCGCACUACAGGGGUCCGGAUACCAAGGACCCGUCGUCACAGUCGAUACGUUUGUGGCGGCAAUCAACCACCCCGAGCUCUGCGAUGAGUCGGACUACUGCGCCGUCAACGUGCACCCCUUCUUCGACCCCAACACGGGUGCCGACCAGGCUGGCGCCUUUGUGACGACACAACUUGAGCGGAUCCGCAGCAAGAUGGCCGAUUCCGGCAAGCGAAUCGUUGUGACGGAGACGGGCUGGCCAUGGAAGGGCGAGGCCAACGGCGCCGCUGUACCAGGCACGAAUACCCAGAUACAGGCGCUCUCCUCCAUCAGGGGCUCCUUCACGAGCAAUCCCGGCGACUGCAUUUUCUUUACUGCAUUCAACGACCUAUGGAAGAAGGCGGCGCCUGCCACGUUCAUGGCCGAGCAGUUUUGGGGAAUGGGCGGUCGAUAUUCAGCUUCUGACAAAUAG